AUGGGUAACAUAUGUUCCCGCUCCUCGAACAAUGACCCGGAAGCUUUCACAGGACCCGGCCGUGUUGUCGGAACCUCAGAUCCUUCCAACUCAGCACCGCGCGCCUCCGUCCCCCCAACCACAAACUGGAAGUCCUCGCCGGGUCGCACGCUGGGGGAAACCUCGCCUGGUGGGGCGCAAGGGGCUAGUGACGAAGCGCGGUCGAAUGCUGCGAUUGCAGCGCAGAAACGCGCGGAGUCCAUGUCAGCUACGAGCAAGGGCAAGCUCGGCUCAAAACUAGCGGCUCAGAAGGCAAAGACACAGACGCAGACAUUGGAUGAAGCUAGUCGGGAUGAGAGGGCGGCGCGGGAUGUGGAUGAGGUGGAACAGGCGAGACAGUGGUCCUGA